AUGGGAAUUUGGGAUAAUUCCAUUGAAAUUCGGGAUAAUUCCAUGGAAAUUCGGGAUAAUUCGGGAAUUCGGGAUAAUUCUGUGGGAAUUCAGGAUAAUUCUGUGGAAAUUCGGGAUAAUUCGGGAAUUCGGGAUAAUUCCAUGGAAAUUUGGGCUAAUUCUGUGGGAAUUCGGGAUAAUUCCAUGGAAAUUCAGGAUAAUUCCGAUAAUUCUGUGGGAAUUCGGGAUAACUCCAUGGAAAUUCGGGAUAACUCCAUGGAAAUUCGGGAUAAUUCCAUAGAAAUUCGGGAUAAUUCUGUGGAAAUUUGGGAUAAUUCCAUGGAAAUUCAGGAUAAUUCCGUGGGAAUUCAGGAUAAUUCUGUGGGAAUUCAGGAUAAUUCCAUGGAAAUCCGGGAUAAUUCCGGACAAUCCUGGAUCCGGAGCUGCCCCCCCUGGAAUGGCUCGGGAAGAGCGGGAGAAGAGAGGAUUCCCAAGGAUUUGGGGGGGUUUGGGGGAUGGGCGGCGUUCCCGUGGAUCCAGGAGAUCUCAGGGAUUCGGGAAUUCCAAAGGGAUCCAGGAGAUCUCAGGAAUUCCAAAGGGAUCCAGGAGAAUUCAGGGAUUCCAAAGGGAUCCAGGAGAUCUCAGGAAUUCCAAAGGGAUCCAGGAGAAUUCAGGAAUUCCAAAGGGGAUCCAGGAGAUCUCAGGAAUUCCAAAGGGGAUCCAGGAGAUCUCAGGGAUUCGGGAAUUCCAAGGGGAUCCAAGAGAAUUCAGGGAUUCCAAAGGGAUCCAAGAGAUCUCAGGGAUUCGGGAAUUCCAAAGGGAUCCAAGAGAUCUCUGGGAUUCCAAAGGGAUCCAAGAGAUCUUUGGGAUUUGGGAAUUCCAAAGGGAUCCAGGAGAUCUCAGGGAUUCCAAAGGGAUCCAGGAGAUUUCAGGGAUUCGGGAAUUCCAAGGGGAUACAGGAGAUCUCUGGGAUUUGGGAAUUCCAAAGGGGAUCCAGGAGAUCUCAAGGAUUUUGGAAUUCCAAAGAUCUCGGGAUUCAGAAACUCCAAUGGGUUCAGGAAUCCCAAAGCCAAGAGAUUUCAGGAAUUCCAAAGGGAUCCAAGAGAUCUUUGGGAAUUCCAAAGGGAUCCAGGAGAUCUCAGGAAUUCCAAAGGGGAUCCAAGAGAUCUCAGGGAUUUGGGAAUUCCAAGGGGAUCCAAGAGAUUGCAGGGAUUUGGGAAUUCCAAGGGGGAUCCAAGAGAUUGCAGGGAUUUGGGAAUUCCAAAAGGGAUCCAGGAGAUCUCAGGGAUUCCAAAGGGAUCCAAGAGAUCUCAGGGAUUUGGGAAUUCCAAAGGGAUCCAGGAGAAUUCAGGAAUUCCAAAGGGAUCCAAGAGAAUUCAGGAAUUCCAAAGGGAUCCAAGAGAAUUCAGGGAUUCCAAAGGGAUCCAAGAGAAUUCAGGGAUUCGGGAAUUCCAAAGGAUCUCAAGGAUUUGGGAAUCCCGAAAAUCUCUGGAAUUCGGGAAUCCCAAAGUUCUCAGGAAUUCGGGAAUCCCGAAAAUCUCUGGAAUUCAGGAAUCCCAAAGUUCUCAGGAAUUCGGGAAUCCCGAAAAUCUCUGGAAUUCAGGAAUCCCAAAGAUCUCAGGAAUUCAGGAAUCCCAAAGUUCUCAGGAAUUCGGGAAUCCCAAAACAGAUCCCAAAGCUCUCAGAGGAUCCCGAAUUCCAAAGGGAAUCCAAGAUUUCUUCCCCAAUUCCCCCCCUCCACCAUUCCCAAAAUUUCCCUUCCAGGCCACAAUUCCACACCGGGAAUUUUCCGGGUUUUUUUGGGAAUUUUUUCCCUCCCUUUUUUCCCAUUUUUCGGUGAAGUUUUGUUGUUUUUCCCUGGAAAAAGGAGACCGGGAAGAGAUUUGGAAAAUUUUGUAUUGGAGAGUUGGAAAAACUUUGAACCCGAACCAUCCCAAUCCCAAAAAAAAACCCCCCAGGGGAACAAAGGGAUGGGAAUUCCCAAGGGAAAAUCCCGUUCCCGCAUUCCGCCACGGAAUCUUUUCCGGGAUGGAUCCCGAAUUUGGCAGAAGCUUGGAUGGAAUAAAACGAAUCCUCCGAAUUCCCGGCAACAUUCCAAGAAAAACCAGCGGGGAAAAACGGCGUCGGAAGCGGGACGGAUCCCAGGAGCCGCAUUCCGGGCGGGAAUUUGGAAUUCCAGACGCAUUCCGGGCGGGAAUUUGGAUUUUCAGCCUCAUUCCAGGCAGGGAUUUGGAUUUUUCCAGCCUGGAUUUGGAAUUCCAGCCUCAUUCCAGGUGGGAAUUUGGAUUUUCAGCCUCAUUCCAGGCAGGGAUUUGGAUUUUUCCAGGCAGGGAUUUGGAUUUUUCCAGCCUGGAUUUCGUUUUCCAGCCACAUUCCAGGUGGGAAUUUGGAUUUUCCCAGACUGAAUUUGGAUUUUCCCGGCCUGGAUUUGGAAUUUCAGUCUCAUUCCAGGUGGGAAUUUGGAUUUUCCCAGACUGAAUUUGGAUUUUUCCAAACUGAAUUUGGAUUUUCCCAGCCUGGAUUUGGUUUUCCAGCCACAUUCCAGGCGGGAAUUUGGAUUUUUCCAGACUGAAUUUGGAUUUUUCCAGCCUGGAUUUGGAUUUUCCCGGCCUGGAUUUGGUUUUCCAGCCACAUUCCAGGUGGGAAUUCUGACUUUCAGCCCCAUUCCAUAAAAUCUUUUGGCUUUUUCCAGCCUCGUCCCAGUUUGGAUUUUGGUUUUUCCAAUCUCGUUCCGUGCCGGAUUUUCCUUCCCCUUCCAAAUAAAUUUUUUUUGGGAUUUAUCCUGAAUUAUCCAUCAAUUCCAACAUUCCCCAUUAUUUAAACAUUCCAGCUGAAAUUCCAAAGGAAUUCUCCUGGGAUCCAAAAAAGUUUUUGACGUCGUUUUUGUUUUUUUUUUAUCCCGUUAAAUCCGUCUGCUCCUCUUUCAUUCCCGGGUUUUUUUUUCGGGAAUCAUCCAAAAAAUCGGGAAUAACGAAGGUUUUCCCGCCCCUCCCUCAUUCCCCCAAAAAAAAAUUAAUUUGGAUUUUAAUUGAA